UUCCAUUUUGCAUUUCAACUUGACAGAACGAAAUACUUUUUAGGGAAAAUACAAUGUUGUUUAUUUGACUUUAAUCCAGUUUUUACAGCUUUUCUGUGAUUAAAAAUACAAACUUUUAUAGAUCAUAGAGCAGUUAUGACAUAAUGAUCGAACCGAAAUUCUAUCAUAGCUUCUGAUUGGCUGAAUUUGUGUAAGGUGAUCUCUAUCCCAAACUGCCAGGGUUAGUUAUUGAUUGGUGCUCCAAGGGAAAAUGGCGGCUCUCUCGGCAGUUUUAUAGGGAUCAAAUGUUGUCGGUAUUUUGGGUUUGAACGGCAGUGGAAUUCCCUUCAAAACAACACCAUGGCUAACAACUGGCAAAAUACACCCGUUUUAUCUCCAGGUGUUGACACUACAAAGAAAAUGGAUUCAUCCCUUGCUAAUGGAGAGCUUUCACUUGAUUUUAUGGGAAUCCCUCAACAAAUAUUGUUAGAAAUGGAGAAAUAUUUAAUGCCCCACCUUACAGAUGAAAUGCUUUCUGUUUUGCCUGGGGCCACUAAGCAGGAGCCCCAGCAGUCAUCUCUACGCGACCUGCUACAAGACUCACAGCCAUUCAGUUCAGGGAAAGCCCCCACAAACGGUGGAAGUGAAGAGGAACUUUUAUCAACUGAACAGCAACUCCAACUCGUUCAGCUUCUUCUCAAAUCAACCACUGAACAGCAAAACCAGCAAACACAAAAUCCACAGUGUCUACCGAAUGAGUCCAUCCAACAUCUUCUCAGGCAGAUUAUAUCAGCACAAGUUGGCAGCUUCCAGAACAACGUUACCCAUGCCAAGCCCAGUAGUCCAGAGACUCCUGUCGUAGAGCUCAAAACUGCUGCCGAUGGUAGUCCAUUUAUAUCUAUCCCAACUUCUGUGUUGCUGAGCCAUAACGCUGCACCUGAAAAUGCAGAGGACAAAUCUAACACAAGAACUAGAGGGAAACAGAUUAGGAGCUAUUCUCACAAUCAGAUUGAGAAAAGAUACAGGGAUAAGAUUAGCAACAAAAUGAAUGAACUAAAGGAUGUGGUUUGUGGACCAGAGGCAAAGUUGCACAAAGAAACGGUUCUAAGAAAAGCAGUUGAUAAAAUUCGCCAUCUUGAGAAGGAAAACACUCGGUUGCGUCAGGAAGUUGACAAUCUCAGAAAAAUGCAACAGCAAACUGAUACCUUGUCACAGUUCAUUAGGCUUCAAUCCACCAACCUUAAGCCUGGGGACAAGGAUAUUCAACCAAGUUUGUCUGUCAAAAGAGAGCCGACCAGUGAUGAUACUCAACAAUUAUCAUCAUCAUCAUCAACUAGUUUAGGAGAUUCAAAUACCAGACAGCCCCCAGAGAUCAAGUCUGUUAUCUCAGAGGGCAUGCAGUGUGAUGGGUGUGCUCUGAAAGACAGAACUAGAGUCGCUCUGUGUUCAUUCCUCAUCAUUUUCCUGUUUUUUAGCCCACUGAACUUGCUAUUACCAAUGUCUAGAUCAGAGUCUAUGCUUCAUUCAGCAAGCUCAUACUUUAGACCUCAUGGCGGAAGCCGCACCUUGAGCUCGAUUGACACCAACUAUCAGACAUCAGCUAUGAUCUCUUGGGCAGUGAUCAUGGGUCUAAAGUGGUUUGUCAAUAUCAUCCUGGUGAUCGGGGUGCUUGUCAGAAUCUUUGUAUUUGGUGAGCCUGUGACAAGGCCAAACUCUGAGAGAGCCACUCUUUUCUGGAGGCAUAAGAACAAGGCUGACAUUGCGCUGUCACAGGGUAGUAACCUUGUAGCAGCAGAGCAUCUUGAGGUGUGUCUACGAGUUCUUGGCCGUCCAACACCGCACACUAAACUGGAUGUAUUUUGUGGUGUGGUCUGGCAUUGUUUACGGCAUGCACUGCAUCGGCUGGGUGUCGGCAGGCGCCUUGCCUCAUCUGGUCUUCAAGUGCUCUUCCGGCAGAUUAACCAGGAUAUUCACUGUGAAUAUGACAAAUUGAAUGCACAGGCUGCUGCUGUUGUCUGCCAAAGACUUUUACAGAUGCAUUUGACGGGUGAUGCCCCAAGGAGUUACUGGCGUGCUUGCUUUCUAGGGUUGUCGGCAAUAAAUCUUGCUGAGAAUGCUGGUAAUUAUGUCAGCACACAGCUCAAGUCUCAGAUGUAUGUGACUACAGCUAUGCAGCUACAGCAGGAGCUACCAAACAGUCUCUGCUUUUUAUCGCGUUAUUUCCUGAUGCGAGCAAGGGAUACUUAUAGUGAAGCAGGAUCUGUUGCCGACCCUGCCAUGCAAUGGUUGUUCCACCCUCUAGGACACGAGUUCAUUGUCAACUGCAAGCUGCCUUGCAGAGAAGGCCAGGCCAUGUGGGCCUCUGUAACUAACAAAGCAAACCCUAUCGAAAACAUCUCUCAAAAAUUCAAAGAAUCAUUGCUUGAGGAUAUCUUCGCUGGCCUCGCCUUCCCUUGCUCUGGCCAUCUGUCCUCAAAUAAAGACCAGCCAUUAUCUUGGCAUGGUCCAGAAUCUGAGCUUCAUCUCCUUCACGAGUGCUGUCGCAGUGCCCCACUCAAGAGUAAGAGGUCUCUUGCCAAGGUUUGGGGCCUUUCAAAGGGAGAAGACUCCCCUUCAAGCAUGGGGGGCUGCUCUGUAGAUGUCCUGAUGAGUAGCAUCGCUGAUGGGUGUGAUCAUGGCAGGGACGAGAUAGCCGAGUGGUGGGCUGCUUUGGGAUUGGUGGCACUUCACUGGCUAAGGGGUGAAGAAGAGGCCGCCAAGAGUUUUUACAGCACUGUAGACCAUUUGCCAAAAUCUUUAUUACUCUCCGAGAAUCCUAUCCCAAAAGCCCUUUUCCAGGCAUUUAAUGCUAGAAGAAUUAUAUUGCAUGCAGAAAGCCUUACAAGGGAGAGGCUCAAAGAAUCAGGAAAACUGUGUGAUAAAGCUAGCGUUUACCUUAUGCAAAGUAUUGAGCUGGCUUCACUUCAUCAUAGUUUGAAUGCCGAAAACUCCUUUGGAAUGGAGAAAGACACCAGGUUAGUUCAAGGAGAGGGCACUAGACAGGGCUCCCUUCAUUCAGCCAAUAGAAUGCAAGAGCUUGCUCAGCUUCUGUGCUGUGAUUGGUUGUUGGCGACACGCACAGACAUCUGGGAAAUCAGCCUCGACAUCGUGUCUCGCCGAAGCUGUUUGGGGCUGACUGGGUUCCAGCACGACCUUGAAAGCUUGAGGACGAUUGCGCACGUGCAAAAGGCUGCUUUGCCUAGGGUUUAUCUUUACGAGGCUGUGGCACGACUCGUGACCGACGCAAACCCGGCCCGGACCCUGCAGCUACUACAGCGCGCGGGAACGAGGCAGGCAUUCAACCAAUCAGCGUGCGGUGCCUUACGUAAUGAUUGCGUGACAGGCGAGCGUGAGCGUGCUAUUGCGUUACUGAUGGCAUGUCGUCACCUUCCCACUCCCUAUCUGUCUGCCCCAGGCCAGCGCAAAGGCAUGCUUCUGGAGGCGGCAAGCUGCCUGGAGAAGAUGUGCGACAAGCGGACGCUGAAGCGCUGCAAACAAAUCCUGCUCAGUCUAAAAGAGUAGUCUCGGUAAAUACUUGGCCAUCUUGACAUUGGAAACCAAUUAAAACCAAUAAGGAUACAAAAUGUAUCUAUCUGAUUGACACAAGGCUCACUAGUCUAUCAGAUGGACUAAAAGACCGAUUUAGACAGCACGAUUUAGUCGUAUGCGACCUGUCGACGACAUAUUUUAGCUACGACUUUUGUAGUCGAGCAUCGUAGCUGACUUACACUCCACGACUGACUCCACGAUUGAAGUUGUAGAGGUGUCGCAUACAACUAAAUCGCGCUGUCUACUUAUAGCUAUGAAGCUCGUGUGAUCUUGAUAAGCCAACUUUAUUAUUAACGUGGCCGCGAUAGCGCGCGUCAAUAUGAAAAAGCUUGGUAUCUCACGCUUUUCACGGAAAAGGGUCUUUAUUUUUUCCAAUGGAAAAUUAUGUUGUAGUCGUUAGGAUUUUAUAAUGAAAAAUGUUAUACUUCUUUGUUAUAAUAUCAAAGGAAACCCGGUUUGAUUUGCGUAAGAAACAAAGCCGCAUCAACAUGAAAAUUUUAAAACACUUCAACGCUCAGUUUAAAAAUUUAAAUUCUCGUUUUAACGACUCUUGUUGGCUUCACACCCAUUGCGAAUAAAUGAAUUCUUGGAACUAUUUGCAAAUAAAAUAUUCUUUCGUAAA